AUGGCGAACAAGGGAAUGGAUAGGUCAUUCAUGACCGCUUCUGCUGAAGAUCUGGUCCAAAGUAUGUCCCUGACGGAGAAGGUGUCGCUUCUUUCCGGCGAAGAUUGGUGGAGGACCACGGCCGUGCCCAGACUCAACAUCCCUUCCAUUAAGCUCACCGAUGGACCCAACGGCGCCCGAGGGCAAUCUUUCUUCAAAAUGACCCCCGCCGUCGUUCUUCCUAAUGCUACCGGCUUGGCCGCUACAUUCUCUCCCACCCUCCCCGCCGAAGCCGCUCGCCUACUGGCCGCCGAGACCAAAGCACGAGGCGCUGUCUGCCUAUUGGCCCCGACCAUUAAUAUCUGCCGAAGUCCUCUUGGAGGGAGGACCUUUGAGUCAUUUGGGGAAGAUCCGACCCUCAGCGGUAUCAUGGCUGCCAAGUAUGUCAAUGCCCUCCAGGAGGAAGGGAUCAGCGCAGCGAUCAAGCACUUCGUCGCCAAUGACCAGGAGCAUGAACGAAUGGGUCAAGACUCCAUCAUUGCUCCCAGAGCGCUUCGCGAGAUUUAUCUUCGGCCAUUUCACAUUGCUCAAGCUUUGGCCAAGCCUUGGUCAUACAUGACCUCGUACAACAAGCUCAACGGCACCCAUUGCUCCGAGCAUGACUGGCUGUUGAGAGGACUUCUCCGAACCGAAUGGGGGUUUGACGGACUCGUCAUGUCCGACUGGAUGGGAACAUAUUCUGUCGCCGAGGCGAUCAACGCUGGGCUUGAUUUGGAGAUGCCUGGGAAGCCCCGAUGGCGUCAACUGCCGCUAGUCCGGCAGUUGGUUAAUGCUCACAAAAUCUCGCCGGCGACAAUCGACGAGCGGGUGAUAGCCAUCUUGAAAUGGGUCCAAAAGCUUGUCGUGCUCAACCCUGACACUGUUUACGGGCGCGAUGACUCGGUAGAAUGGACGCGAACGGAAGACCAGGCGACAGACGCGGCGCUGAUACGGCGUAUCGGCAACGAGGCUACCGUAAUGCUGAAGAACGAAUCGUCAGUGCUCCCUAUCCGACGUGGCAAAGUAGCAGUCAUUGGUCCCAACGCCAAGAAUGCUGUCAUUACAGGCGGCGGCAGUGCGAGGCUUCGACCAGCCUGGUGUGUCACACCAUGGCAGGGAUUAGUUGACAACAGACCUGACGAAGUGGAUUUACGAUACACCCUGGGCUGCAAGGGCUCCAAAUUCCUGCCCGUCUUUGGUGAGGAGUUUACCAGCAUGGAUGGUACCACCCGCGGUUUUGAUAUGCUUCACUACGCUCUUGUCGACGGCAAGCAGGCCAGCCAGCCAGCCGUCUCUGAGGUCUGGACCAACUCAGACAUCAUGCUCGCUGACUUUAGCCACCCAGACCUGGGCGAUGAUUACUUCACCGAGAUCCGAGCCUUGUUCACCGCACCGAUCACCGGUGAUUGGCAAUUCGAGAUCAGCGUCACUGGUCAAGCUUGGGUUUAUAUCGACGACAGACUAUUGGCCGAUUUAUCGAAAGAGCAGAAGCGGACCUCAUCAUUCUUUGGAAACGGCGGCAAUGGUACUGUUAUUACGUUUUCGGUUACUAAAGGCAAGGUCUACAAAUUCCGUCUCUUGCACGACUCCAGAAAACCGCCACUAGCUCCAGGUCAGGACAGCCAGCCAUUGCAGCUCAUUGGCAUGAAACUUGGCUCCUUCCCCGCUAUCAAUGAGGACCAAACGAUAGAUGAGGCCGUAGAGCUCGCCAAAGAGUCUGACAUCGCCUUGUUGGUGGUUGGGUUAGACCAGGAUUGGGAGUCGGAGAGCUAUGAUCGACCAGACUUAUCUCUCCCUCUCCGUAUGAACGACCUCAUCCGUCGCGUCGCGACCGAAGCACCAGACACCAAAAAGGUCGUCAUCUUGCAGACAGGUUCCGCCGUAUCCAUGCCAUGGCUGGAACAUGUCGACGCCGUCUUGUGGCCCUGGUACGGCGGGAACGAGGCUGGAAAUGCCAUCGCUGAUAUCGUAUACGGAACGGUCAACCCUUCCGGACGAUUGCCCAUCACCUUGCCGAAACGGGAGCUCGACAUUGCGGCAAACCUCAACUUUAAGUCGGCACGAACCAAGACCUACUACGAGGAAGGGAUCUGGGUCGGCUACCGUCACUUCAACGCCCGGGGCAUCGAACCCAUGUAUCCGUUCGGUCACGGCCUAUCAUAUACUACCUUUGAUUAUUCUGACCUCACCGUUGCGCCGUCCGCAUCAUCUUCCCCUGACUCAUGGCGCAUCUCUGUUUCUGCCAGAGUCACCAAUACUGGCACAGUACCUGGUGCUCAUUCCGUCCACUUCUACACUAGCCCGCCCCCACCAACAAUGACUUCCCUCACGCAUCCGGAUGUCACUCUGCAAGCGUUCGCAAAGACCGCUGUACUUCUACCCGGUCAGUCCGAGACAGUCACCGUGGAGAUGGACAAAUUCGCUAUCUCCCACUGGGAUGAACUGACAUCGACAUGGCAAGCCGAGCCCGGGCAAUGGCACGUCAAGAUAGGAAGGGAUGCACAAACCAUGUGCAUUGAAGCUCCGUUCAACGUCUCUCCAGGCUUUAAGUGGCACGGGUUAUAG